AUGUUUCUCAACAUACACUCGAUAAGUACUGUUUGUAAAAAGUUAUGGAAUCUUCUGGUCGUGCUGGUUAUCAUGGAAAACAUGUGCGUGGAUCCCAGAUUGAGGAGCAAUCGAGCCGAAGCAGCUAGUUCGACUGACGAAUGCCAAGUGACACCGGUGAUACAUGUGCUUCAAUACCCGGGCUGCGUACCGAAGCCCAUACCGAGCUUCGCUUGCAUUGGACGGUGCUCGUCGUACUUGCAGGUGUCUGGCAGUAAAAUAUGGCAAAUGGAAAGGUCCUGCAUGUGCUGUCAGGAGUCCGGUGAAAGGGAGGCUUCGGUGUCGCUGUUUUGCCCGAAAGCGAAGCCAGGAGAACGGAAAUUCAUAAAGGUAACUACAAAGGCGCCAUUGGAGUGCAUGUGCAGACCUUGCACCGGAGUAGAAGAGAGCGCCGUGAUUCCCCAAGAAAUCGCCGGUUACUCGGACGAAACGCCGCUCUCCGGGCAUUUCCUAAAAUCCCACCAGCUCUAAAUCGAUAUAGAAAAAAAUCUACCAGAUGAAUAAAAUUGUAAUCGACUUGAUUAGAUGAUUUUUUAUUGUU